CCCCGCGACUGCCCCCGCGACGUGGGCAAGGCGGCGGCCCUGCGCCUGGGCUGCAUCAACGCCGAGUACCCCGACUCCUUCGGGCACUACCGCGAAGCUCGCUUCUCCCAGACCAAGCACCACUGGUGGUGGAAGCUGCAUUUCGUCUGGGAGCGGGUGCGGGGGCUGCGGGGGGACACGUGGAAGUCCACGGAGCACAACAUGGGCAUGGCCUUCGGCAGAGACACCUACCAGAAGCUCAUCGAGUGCACGGACGCCUUCUGCACCUACGAUGACUACAACUGGGACUGGACUCUGCAGCACUUGACUGUCUCUUGUCUUCCAAAGUUCUGGAAAGUGCUGGUUCCGGAGAUCCCCAGGAUUUUUCACACGGGGGACUGCGGCAUGCACCACAAGAAAUCCUGCAGACCGUCUACCCAGAGUGCCAAAAUCGACUCUCUUUUGAACAGCAACCAACAGUACCUGUUUCCCGAAACGAUGAGUGUCAGUAAAAGGUACUCCAUGGCACCCCUCUCCCCUCAUGUGAAAAACGGAGGGUGGGGAGAUAUUAGGGACCACGAACUCUGUAAAAGUUACCGCAGACUUCAGUGAGGAGCGUUCUCGCAGCCUUUUUCUUUUUGAGUUGUUCCAUACUGUCUUUUACAGGCACACACGUGUAUAAAAAAGCAUUUAUGAGUUGGUUUCUGCUUUAAUAUGAAUAAACAUUCUUGUAAAAGGUGUCCCAAAA